AUGGACACGUUGACUGUCGAUCAACGAAACCCAGUUGAAGUCUCAGAGAUCGUGGAUGUCAUUCCCGAUAUCUUCAGGAUGGCCAGAAAGACGAUUGCAGUCAAAGAGUGCGACGGAUUGUAUGAUUGCUGCAUUGCUGCGGUUGCUGGUUUCGAAACCGCGGACGAGUUUGCCAGCAAAUUUAAUGAUCACAGCAUUGCGCACACUCACUAUGUCUGCGCAGAGUCGUACCUCCAGAGAUUAUGGACGCUGCAGGAGUGCUUACUCUCUCAUACGAUUGAAUUUGUGGUUGGAAGCGACAACCAACCCAAGAAGCUCGCGGUGCGGGAACAGGCUCUCGGCGACAGUGAUUUCUAUCGACACCAGACGGAUGUUGGGACUAUCGCGCUGAACCUCAAGAAGCUAGCCUACUCUUUCUGCGGUUCUCAGAGCAACACCUUCAUAGACGAGUUCACUCGAUCGAUGCUUGAUCCCAUAUGCACAGAUCCCACAGACGGUUGGCUACCAAGCCAAUAUCUUCCCAGUCCGACGACGCUCGGCGAUUUCCUGAAACUGAUAGGAAAUCGCGUACCCAAAGCUUCCAAUGCUACUUCACCGCACGUGCACAUCACAUCGGAUGUGCAGAUUAUGGAACUAGAAAGCGAAUGCUUGCCAGACAUUCUCAUCGCCAGGCUAGAAGCUUGUUUCGAACAGUCACGAACACCAUGGCUUGAGUCUUACACAAGUGGUGAGCUUCCAAAACUCGGGAAAUAUCCUAGUCAUCGUUGGACGGUCAAUCACGCUGAUGCCGCGAGGUGCGGUUGGGUUCCCAUUAACCCAGAGUAUGCAGCACAAGUGUACGACGAUGGCGAUCAUACUUGGACGAGAACCGACCCCAGACUAGAAUUCGAGGAAGGCGAUUGUUUAGUGGACAUCAGUAGCCUAGACGAGACUGAGCUAGAGGCCAGCAUGGAUGAGGCUGGUGAAUACGUACCACUCUUUGCGCAGGCCAGGAGAAUCCUUGUCCGUAUGUGGUUCGCAUAUGAGGGGCAAAGCCGCCCUGGAGCCCAGCAAGAAGAGUGGGCAGACUUCAAGCGGUCUAUGCAAGAUCUCUGGUCAACACCACUACUACAUACCGUACUCCUCCUAGCUGGUAUGGUGAACUGUCGCAUCCCAUUGUCCGCCGCAGCAUGGGUCAACAAGCUCUUCAUCCCCGUCUAUAUUCGCCACAACGAAGAUCUUCUUUCCGUCGGUCUCUUGGCAAAGCACGCACGUCAGCCUAAGCAACAGCGAAAACACCCUUUUCGUCUACUAUGCGUUGGUCAACACCUGCCUUCGCCCCACGAGAAGGCUUUCGGAAAUGACUUGUUUCUCGUAGAUUCGGAAACCAAGGUGCCGGUUGGCUUGGCCCCCGAUAUGUUCCAUGAAAGAUACUCGGAUGAGGCAUCCGUAAGAGUCGCAAUUUCUUUGUAUAAUGGCUAUUUUACGGAUUUAGGAGACAACAAAGUAGACAUCGGCCCCCGUCUGCUCUCUGAUGAGCCGUCUGUCCCUAGGGAGGCUUAUAUCGUGGGUCCUCAGUAG